AUGAGCGUGAGUUAUCUAAACCUUAUGAAACUGCCGCAACCAAUCAUCAUACUCAUGAUACUGCACUUGCAGGCUGAGUUGUUCACGAUAGGGUCAUGUUGGAGAAUGGGAGAUGCCAACGCUAGCGCUAGUUGCCUGCACAAGGAAAGACGAGCUCUUCUUAGCAUGAAGAAUGCCUUUGUGGAUGAUCUUGGUCGCCUGUCUUCAUGGGGCUCUUCUCUAGAUUGUUGCCAUUGGAGUGGUGUUCUUUGUGAUCCUCAUACUGGCCACGUUGAGAUGCUUCAUCUUUAUGGUGGUGUGUGGCCCUCGCAGCAUUUAAGAGGUGAGAUUAGCCCGUCAUUGAUGGACUUGCAAAACUUACACUAUUUGAAUCUCAGUUUCAAUGAUUUCAAUCGGAGUCAAAUCCCGAAAUUUCUUGGUUCUCUCACCAAAUUACAAUACCUUGAUCUAUCUGAUUCUUCUUUUGGUGAAAAAAUACCAAUUGAACUUUGCAAGCUUUCAAACUUGUUGGUUCUAGAUCUUUCCUCCAAUGGUUUAGUUGGUAACAUACCUUUCCAUCUUGCAAACCUUUCAAGUCUGCAGGAGCUCUAUCUAGAUAUGAAUCAAUUAGCGGGCAAUAUUCCUAGCCAACUUGGUAAUCUUUCAAGCUUGGAGAUACUCCAAAUUGGCCACAAUUAUGGUUUGAAAAUCGAUGACAAGAGCUUGGUUGCCAUUGAGUGGCUUUCCAAUCUUCAAUGGUUAACUUCACUUGAUUUAAGCCAUGUUUCCAAUCUUAACUACUCUAACAACUUGUUGCAAAUUAUUGGAAAGCUUCCAAAACUGAGAGAGUUAGGGCUUGCAAAUUGUAGCCUGACAAACAAUAAUAUUCUAUCAACUUCUUCUUCCCAUUUGAAUUUUUCUACAUCUCUAUCAAGUCUUGAUCUCCAUGACAACAAGCUGACAUCAGCAUUAUUCCCUUGGUUGUUCAAUCUAAGCUCCAAUCUCACAUACCUUUCUCUGGCCAAGAAUCACUUGGGUGGUCCCAUUCCAGUUGAUUUUGGAAAAAAAAUGAACUCUUUAGUGGUUCUUUACCUUUAUGAUAAUGAGCUAAAUGGAACAAUCACUGACAUCCAUUUUGAUAAUCUCACCAAGUUAAAACACUUGUCCUUAUCUCGAAGGAUUCCUAACUCUAUAGGGUCCUUAAGUCAACUCAAGCUGUUAGUUUUACGAGACAAUUGCUUCAGUGGUGGACUACCUUCCUUUGAAAUUGCAACUGAAUUGGGAAUGUUAGAUUUGGGAAAAAAUGACUUGUCAGGACCAAUACCUCCUUCAUGGACAAGUGACAAUCUAAAAGAACUGAAAACUCUGAGUCUACGGAUGAAUAAAUUAGAUGGAAAGCUGCCCUUACAUCUAUGUUAUUUACCAAAGGCCAAGGUUUUGGAUCUCUCUUUUAACAAUUUUAGAGGACCAAUACCAAGUUGCCUCGAGAAGCUGGUUGCGAUGGCUCAGAAAUAUGUUGUGAAUGAUUCCGAAUACAAUAUCAUCGUCUUCAAGAAUGGAAAUUAUCUAGUACAUGAAUCUUUUGAUUGGAAGUUGCCUAUGGUAUGGAAAGGAAUAGAACGGGUGUACAAGGAUCGCUAUGGGCUUGUUAACAUUGAUCUCUCUCACAAUCAAUUGGAGGGGGAAAUGCCAACAGGAAUUGUAAAAUUGGUCGAGUUGAGAUUCUUGAAUCUAUCAUCAAAUAGGUUGAGUGGAAACAUCAUUUCAGAGAUAGGACAACUAAAAUCUCUAGAAGCUCUGGAUCUAUCGAGAAAUCAUUUUGAUGGAGAAAUUCCUUCGAGUCUUGCUGAAAUAUCUUCCCUAAACACCUUGAGUUUAUCAAACAACAACAUGACAGGACAAAUUCCAAUAGGAACACAAUUGCAAUCUUUUGAGCCCUCCAGCUAUGAAGGUAACCCUUUCCUUUGUGGAAGGCCAUUAGACAACCUUUGUCCUUCUGAAGAUCAUCCAUUAGGGAAUGCAACACGAGCUAUCCAAGUUGCUGAUGAAGACGGGACUUUCAUGAAAGGAUUCUAUGAAAGCUUGGGCAUGGGAUUCGCUGUCGGAUUUUGGAUAGUGUUUGGAUCAUUGUUAGCUAUCCGAUCAUGGAGGUAUGCCUACUUCAAUUUCGUAGGCAAGGUGUCAGACUCUAUCUAUGUGGCAAUAGUGCUUCCUGUGGCCAAAUGGCGUAGGCGACCCCGCAACUAA